CUUACACAGACGAAGAAGAAUCUACGGAAGUACGACUUCCUAACAGAUUCCCGUUCGAAGUGUAAUAUACCGAAGAUUUCUGUUUCUACUUUGAAAUAAAAAAAACAAAUCUUGAAUUAGGCGUCUCUUGAAAAUACAAUGGGAACUAGAGACGACGAAUACGACUAUUUGUUCAAAGUGGUCCUAAUUGGUGAUUCGGGUGUGGGAAAGAGUAACCUGCUGUCCCGCUUCACUCGCAACGAGUUCAACCUGGAGAGUAAGAGCACCAUCGGGGUGGAGUUCGCCACGCGCAGCAUCCAGGUGGACGGCAAGACGGUGAAGGCCCAGAUCUGGGACACGGCCGGCCAGGAGCGCUAUCGGGCCAUCACCUCAGCGUACUACCGCGGAGCAGUGGGCGCGCUUCUGGUCUACGACAUCGCCAAACAUUUAACCUACGAGAACGUGGAGCGCUGGCUGAAGGAGCUGAGGGACCACGCCGACAGCAACAUCGUCAUCAUGCUGGUGGGCAACAAAAGUGACCUGCGCCACCUGCGGGCUGUUCCCACCGACGAGGCUCGGGCAUUUGCAGAGAAAAACGGUCUAUCUUUUCUGGAGACGUCGGCCCUGGAUUCCACCAACGUUGAGACGGCGUUCCAGACCAUCCUCACAGAGAUUUACCGUAUCGUCUCCCAGAAGCAGAUGUCGGAGCGUCAGGAGAGCGACAUGUCGCCUAGCAACAACGUUGUCAACAUCCAGGUGCAGCCCACUGAGAACAAACCAAAGAUGCAGUGCUGUCAGAACAUCUAGCCCGGCUGUGGAUCCGUUGCUGAUACCCCCCGCCCCCAAUAUCCUACUCAACCACCUUCUUCUCCUCCCUCCCUCACUCCCCUCCCAACCCCGCCCUCAGAGAACAGACUGCCUCUGCUUGGUGUGGAAGGAACGAUGUCAAACUCUGCACCUACCUGUACCUGACGACCCCGCCCCCACCAACCCACCCUCCCCAUGCCCUGGUAAAUAUAUCCCAGUAUAAGACGAAGUGUGGGGACCCUCCCCAGGCAGAGCCCCCUAUGUCUUUAGGCUACUGCAGGCAUUUCAUAUCACGUUAGAUUUCAUUACUGUAGAUGCGCUGACAUGCCACAGAAAUGUCUUAAAAUAUGAAUGUGAUUAGUUAUCUUCCUGCUCUUCUUUUUACCGUCUCAUAUCUUCUUCUCCGUAUAUGUAUCUGAAUUUAAAGCACAUCAAGCGUAUUCCUCUUUCUCCCAUCGUUUUAGCCCCUCUCCCUCUUCUUUAGUGCAAUGUACUGUUUGGAAACCGGCAGCGUCGGGUCGUUUGUUCUGACAGCCACGAAUCCGACGCCAGAACUGUUGGACUGUGCCGAGUUCCCGUAAGCAGCAGCGCGCACGGCCCCGUAAGCAGCAUGCGGCCCCGUGUGCGUCAUGCGGCCCCAUGGGCACGCACGGCCCCGUGAGCGCCAUGCGGCCCCGUGAGCGCCAUGCGGCCCCGUGGGAACACACUGCCCCGUGGGCGCCAUGCGGCUCCGUGGGCGCCAUGCGGCCCCGUGGGCACGCACGGCCCCGUGAGCGCCAUGCGGCCCCGUGAGCGCCAUGCGGCCCCGUGGGAACGCACUGCCCCGUGGGCGCCAUGCGGCCCCGUGGGCACGCACGGCCCCGUGAGCGCCAUGCGGCCCCGUGAGCGCCAUGCGGCCCCGUGGGAACGCACGGCCCCGUGGGCGCCAUGCGGCUCCGUGGGCGCCAUGUGGCCCCGUGGGAACGCACGGCCCCGUGAGCGCCAUGCGGCCCCGUGGGCGCCAUGCGGCCCCGUGGGCACGCACGGCCCCGUGAGCACCAUGCGGCCCCGUGAGCGCCAUGCGGCCCCGUGGGAACGCACGGCCCCGUGGGCGCCAUGCGGCCCCGUGAGCGCCAUGCGGCCCCGUGGGAACGCACGGCCCCGUGGGCGCCAUGCGGCUCCGUGGGCGCCAUGCGGCCCCGUGGGAACGCACGGCCCCGUGAGCGCCAUGCGGCCCCGUGGGCGCCAUGCGCUGCAGCGCCGUUUCCAGGCAGGAAACUCGGCUUGGAAACACUAGCAUGGCCUUGAAGGCGAGCUGAACAGGACUAGUACUGUUCCAACUCUCAGCGCGACGUACUGAAGACACAUUAGUCUCUCCUGCUCCAACUUUAAGAAAACAUUCAUUUGUGACAUAUUCGACUACAACUAUGCAGAAACUAGCACACAGAUUUUCUUUGCUCCUGCACUUCUAUAGAAAAUAAAGUAAACUGAUGUACCUGAGGUAGUAUUCUUGUAUAACAUUCCUAUGAUACUCAGAAUCAAUCUGUCCAGCCAAUUCUCCUUUGCAUGUGACCACAGAACUGUAGGUAGGACCACUAAGAAAGACGGAAAGGAAAAAUGUCUCGUGAGCAUGAAAUUGUCUUCGUCUUGCACUGAACGUUAAUGUGUCGACAUGCUUUCUUGUUUAGAAUUAGAUCUUUGCUGCACUUAUACAAUCUGGACCUCUUCUGUCAGAUUCAUGGCUCUUUUUUUGAGACGGUGUUAAAGAAUGAAACUCAACGCUGAAACGAAACCAACUCGAGGGGUGGAGCCGCAUUUUCGCCAACUUCUGCUCACAGUGCCUCCUUCACCUUCCAAUGCCUCAUCAACCCGCCACAGCUCGCGCCACGUCCACCUCGUCCCUCACUGAGCGCUGUCACCUCCCCAGCCACAUAAAGCCUACAUACACCGAGCUGCCUCUGACUUCACAGCGCGCCGCACGCGCGCCGCACGCCCGCCGUACGUCCACCGCUUCUCCUCUUGUCGCCUUACGUCGCUAACAUUCGUCUUUACUGUCCGCGAGAGCUGGAAGCUUCUGCAGGCAGCACGAAGCUGACUUGAGUCCGGGCCAUAAACUCCCCAGUGUGUGUGUCCUGGUGAAUGUCCAGGUGUGUUUAGAGGUAGAUGGGUAACUCUGGAGUGGCCGGGCCAGGCCGAGCCGGGCCGAGCUGCUCCAGAACCAGCAGCAGGUGGACGGAGUGAUUCCUUUCUGAGAACGAGUUCUGAUCCUGUUCAUGUACCUCUGCUGUCUCCAUUGUUCUUUUUUAAUUAUUUUUAAGAAGUGUGUUUUGAUUUCUUUUGUUUUUUACUAUAUUGAAUUCUGUAACUAAUUCCAGUGAAAACACGUAAGAAUGAAAUGAUGCAAUUGGAGGGUUUAAUGUGACAGGGGGGUCAAAAUGAAUGGUUUUGUUUUGUACAGACUCAUGAAUUGUACAAUUGUGUCUAUAUCUUAAGUUAUCAGUUCAUCUUAAUAAAGCGCACCAGUCAUAAACCUUUA